GCAAUGAACGGGUGUCGGAGCUGUACAAGGCAAAGGAGCAACCACAGCAAGACGCGGCUAUUAAGGGGAUGCGGCAUCGAUACGCGGGAGCUGUCUAUCAGCACCAAAUCCCCGACGAAGAGCGAGGCAGCGCGAACAGCCCAGACCCAAACCUAGUCGCUCCAGUUUUCAGUCUGCCGCCCCCUCCUCCGUCUGUCAGAGAGCGUUCGGCUACCACCUCGCACUACCAGAACCACCACCAAUUGCCUUGUUUAAACCAGCCCUCGCGGAGAGGUGUGCAUGCCUGUCAGACGCAACACGGCGAACCCCCGCCUUUGACAAGCUACGACAGCGCCCAGCGACCUUCACACCUGGUCUGUGAACCCGCCGGGCAGCCAGAGCACCUGCAGCAGAACCUUUGGGCCGCAGCCGGCUCGCAGCCGCAGUCGGAGCAGCCUGUUUUUCAGAGCUGCCACUGCAGUUUUUCCGAGGAGGCGAGCCUUCCUCAUCAGCGCCAGCCCCUCGCUCACCCGCCGCAGCCCUCCCCAUCUUUGCCGCCGACGUCGUCCUCUCUGCUGUUUUUGCGAGAGUCUAAUCGCGGGGAUCAUUUCCAAAGCAGUGCCAAUUACCAACGGGCGAACAUCGUGGAACGCUGCAGGGGAGGAGGAGGAGGACACCGAGACCAGAAGCAGUUGUUGCAGCAACAGCAACAGCAGCAACAGCAGCUGCACAGCGGACUUCAACAUAGGGACCCCUCCCCUCAAGCAAUCCGAGCGAACUCGCAGAAAGGGCACACUAUAAAUGCAUGCGAGUCAAUCGAGGCUAAUCGGCGAGCUUUCAAGUCCGGUGCUCAGGACCUGCCACAGCAACUCCCGCAAUUGCGAGCUCAACAACAGCUACUGGUGGGGAGCAGUUUGCCCAUCAACUACUGCGCCAACGGCUCAGGAGAGCUAUGUAGGAAUAACCAGGCACCACUGCUGCGACGGCAUCAGCAGCAGCAAGACGCACUGGGGCUAUGUCCCCAGCGUCCGCAGCACUGUGACCAAGACCGCAAUAAGCCGGAGAGGACAAACCAAGCCGAGCAGCUGCAGCGCCCGCGCCGCGACUCCCGUGUAAACCCACCGACGCAGCCGUACGGGGGGAACUCGUCUGCAGCCGGCAGUAGCAGCAAGAGCAGCGCUAACUACGGCUCCAGCUAUCACCUGUGGCCCGAGAGCCCGCAUAAGGGAGAAGAGAGGAUACUCAUCGAUCAUCAUCAGGCAGUCACUGAGCAGAAGAAGCUGAGCCAUGCUGGAUCCAAGCCCUCCCUCUCCGAGAGCAGCGGCCGACUCCCUCAGAUAGCCAUGAACACCUGCAAGUACAAUGGCGGCGUAGUGAGACCACUGGGCAGCCUGGCGUCGUCGCGGCGCAACCUAGCAGAGCUUGACUCCGAGACACAGCCCCUCCAGACACUGCACAGCUCCGGCCUGGAGGUGGUGGUGUCCAAGGGCAACGGUGAGGACCCCAGCAAGGCGUCCAACGAGAGCCUGGUUAGGGACGGGAAUGGUGCUCCUGUGAAGAAGAACAAAGACAUCGGCUAUAGGCUCGGCCACCGAAGGGCACUCUUUGAGAAGCGGAAGAGACUCAGUGACUACGCCCUUAUCUUCGGGAUGUUCGGGAUUGUUGUAAUGGUGACGGAGACCGAACUGUCCUGGGGAGUUUACGGCAAGGUAAUUAGUGAAUCUUCGUACUCAUUUGCACUGAAAUGCCUUAUCAGCCUUUCCACUGUUAUACUCCUUGGUCUGAUAAUUAUGUACCAUGCCCGGGAAAUCCAGCUGUUCAUGGUGGACAAUGGGGCGGACGACUGGAGGAUAGCCAUGACCUACGAGCGCAUCUUCUUCAUCGUGCUGGAGCUCCUGGUUUGCGCCAUCCACCCCAUCCCGGGCCACUAUCGCUUCACGUGGACCGCCCGGAUCGCCUUCACCUACACGCCGUCGACGGCCAACGCCGACGUGGACAUCAUCCUCUCCAUCCCCAUGUUCCUGCGGCUGUACCUGAUAGGCCGCGUCAUGCUGCUGCACAGCAAGCUGUUCACGGACGCGUCGUCGCGCAGCAUCGGGGCGCUCAACAAGAUCAACUUCAACACGCGCUUCGUCAUGAAGACCCUGAUGACCAUCUGCCCUGGCACCGUGCUGCUGGUCUUCAGCAUUUCCUCCUGGAUCAUCGCCGCCUGGACGGUGCGCGUCUGCGAGAGGGAUACCAUGUAUCAUGACACACAGGAAGUGACCAGUAACUUCCUGGGAGCCAUGUGGCUCAUCUCCAUCACCUUCCUCUCCAUUGGCUAUGGAGACAUGGUUCCUAACACGUACUGUGGGAAGGGUGUAUGUCUACUUACAGGGAUCAUGGGAGCUGGCUGCACUGCACUGGUGGUAGCCGUGGUGGCCAGGAAGUUGGAGUUGACCAAGGCUGAGAAGCAUGUCCACAACUUUAUGAUGGACACACAACUCUGCAAACGAGUCAAGAACACAGCCGCCAAUGUACUCAGGGAAACAUGGCUCAUAUACAAACACACCAAGCUGGUGAAAAAGAUAGACCACGCCAAGGUGCGCAAACACCAGCGCAAGUUUCUACAGGCCAUCCAUCAAGCUCAGAAACUGCGCAGUGUGAAGAUGGAGCAGAGGAAACUCAACGAUCAGGCCAACACAUUAGUGGACCUGGCUAAGACCCAGAACGUGAUGUACGACCUGGUGUCGGAGCUGCAGGAGCGUAGCGAGGAGCUGGACAAGCGCAUCGGCAUGCUGGAAGACAAGCUGGACUCGGUGACGGGUAGCCUACAGGCGCUGCCCUGCCUCAUCUCCCAAGCCAUAACCCAGCAGCAGCAGGAAUUCCUGGACGGCUUUCUGCACCGCUUCCGGCCCGCCUCGCUCGGCUCUGAACGCUCCGAACGUUCGGAGCGCUCCUGGACCUCCACCGCCCGUCGGCGCCGCUCGCCCUCCACGGCACCGCACACCUCCUCUGACAGCGGCUAGCCCUGGAGAUGCCUCAAACUGGCCUAAACAGCACCACCACCCGACGAUAAAGACUUCUCUGUUGGAGCCCCGUAAAGUUUCCCCAAUCCCACCCUGUGCUGUCACAUCCAAAUCAAACACGGCUGUGACUGAACUUCCGGGGUAAGACUGAACCGGAAACCACUCCACUGCGAAUGAAUGAAAACUUCGACACAUCCUCUAAAGGACAACCUUAACGACUUAAACCGAAAUAAGUAGAGAUAAUGGUUUAUGUUUUAGCCAUUGUAUGGCUGUUCAAGUUAGCUUUUUUUGUAAAAGCCCUUGUAUAGUUAAACCGACUGAAUUCAGGGUUGUUGGGGUGAGAGCUGGCUAUCACACCAGAGUCCUUAACCCAGUGGGGGGGGGGGGGGGGG